GCGGCUUCCACGCGGCUACUACUUACACGCAGAGACAGAGAGAGGAGGAGAGCACGCCAAGAUCGGAACGAGCAGCCGCGCCAGCAGCCCCGGGCGUCCGCACGGGAUCUGAGCGGCCCGGUCGCCGGCCAGCCCGGGAUGCUGCGUGGCGGCCAGCUGGCAGGCAUGGAGCUCCCCUGGCAUCCUACCUGCCCGGUGCCAAGGCUGCGAUGGCUGCUGUUGUGGAGCUUGGUUCUGGCUUGGCCUGGUGAAGGAUCCCAACGUAGUGAACCCAUGUUCACAGCGGUGACGGAUCGAAUCCUCCCCCCUGACUAUGACAGCAACCCAACUCAGCUCAAUUAUGGUGUGGCUGUGACUGAUGUGGACCAGGACGGAGACUUCGAGAUUGUCGUAGCUGGGUAUAAUGGCCCCAAUCUGGUGCUGAAAUAUGACAAAGUGCGGGGUCGGCUGGUGAAUCUUGCAGUGAAUGAGCGUAGCUCCCCUUACUAUGCAUUGCGGGAUCGCCAAGGCAAUGCAAUUGGUGUGACAGCCUGUGACAUUGAUGGAGAUGGCCGGGAAGAGAUCUACUUUCUCAACACUAAUAAUGCCUUUUCUGGUGUAGCCACCUAUACAGAUAAACUGUUCAAGUUUCGCAGCGGACGUUGGGAGGACAUCCUGAGCGAUGAGGUGAAUCGGGGUGUGGCAAGUCGAUUUGCUGGACGCUCUGUUGCAUGUGUGGACAGGACGGGAUCAGGCCGCUAUGCCAUCUACAUAGCUAACUAUGCCAAUGGGAGAGUUGGCCCACAUGCCCUCAUCGAGAUGGACACUGCUGCCAGUGACCCAGAACGUGGCAUCGUGGCACUGAAUGAUGUGGCUGCUGAAGCUGGAGUCAACAAAUUCACAGGAGGUCGGGGCGUAGUUGUGGGGCCCAUCCUCAGUGAAGCAGCCUCUGACAUCUUUUGUGACAAUGAGAAUGGCGCCAACUUCCUCUUCCAGAACCAGGGUGAUGGUACCUUCAUAGAUGUAGCUCCCAGCACUGGCUUGGAUGAUCCCUACCAGCAUGGCCGUGGUGUAGCAGUGGCAGAUUUUAACCGUGAUGGUAAAGUUGAUAUAAUCUAUGGCAACUGGAAUGGACCACACCGGCUUUACCUGCAGAUGACUGCAGGUGGCCGCACGCGCUUCCGGGACAUUGCCACGCCCAAACUGUCCAUGCCAUCACCUGUCCGCACCGUCAUCGCUGCAGACUUUGACAAUGACCAGGAAUUGGAGGUCUUCUUCAACAACAUCGCCUAUCGCGGCUCGUCCGCCAACCGCCUCUUCCGGGUCACCCGUCGAGAACAUGCAGACCCAGCCAUUGAGGAACUGAAUCCUGGUGAUGCUACAGAGCCUGAAGGGCGUGGCACAGGUGGUGCAGUGGUGGAUUUUGAUGGUGAUGGCAGGCUGGAUCUGAUCCUGUCACAUGGCGAGUCCAUGGCACAGCCUCUCUCUGUCUUCAAAGUCAAUGAAGGUGCUGGCAACAACUGGCUGCGAGUGAUUCCACGUACACGCUUUGGGGCAUUUGCUCGUGGUGCUAAAGUCGUAUUGUUCACGCGGUACAGUGGUGCCCAUCUGCGUAUCAUUGAUGGAGGGUCUGGGUACUUGUGUGAGAUGGAACCUGUGGCCCAUUUUGGCCUGGGACAGGAUGAGCCUAGCAGCCUGGAGGUGACCUGGCCAGAUGGCAAAUUCGUCAGCCGCGCUGUUGUGAACACUGAGACCAAUUCUGUGCUGGAAAUCCCCUAUCCUCAGGACACUCCAGGGUCAUCCCCUGUUAUGCUUCCUCUUGAGUGUGGCCAAGGAUUCUCUCAGCACGAGAAUGGGCGAUGUGUUGAUAUGGAUGAGUGUGCAGAAUUUCCCUUUGUCUGUCCAAGGGGCAGGCCCGUCUGCAUCAACACAUAUGGUGGAUACCGUUGCCGCAGCAACAAGCGCUGCAGCCGGGGCUUUGAGCCCAAUGAGGAUGGCACAGCUUGUGUUGCUCAAGUGGCCUUUUUUGGAGGAUAUCCUUCUUCAGGGAGCUGGUUGGGCCCCAUUCUGCCCUCCACCCCUCUCCUCCCACUUUGCCUCGGACUCUGCUUUCACUCCUAUGCACUUUAAUCCUUGCCAAUAAAAUAAGAAGCAGCCUUUAUGGAUGAACUGGCCUUCCCUGUACUCCUUCCCUCCACUUCCUCUCAUGCAAACUUCUCAUAGUGGUGCCUGGGAACAUGGACUGAGGUGGGAGGCAGCCAUCUUUGGAAAGGGCACUACAUAGCCCAGGGGCAACCAUCUUUGUGAAGGGCACUACACAGUCUGAUUGAUGACACUGUUACUAGUCACACAUCCCUUGCAUGUUUUCUGAGAAAACAAACAGGACAGAAGUUCCACCAAUGCUUUGUCUUCUCAUUGUGUCUGCCACGUUCCUGGGAGCUCACCUUUGACCAAGAUGGUGGCUCCCACUGAUAAUUGCUUGCUUGGUUGAAAUCAAUUCAGCUACCCUGUGCCUGCUGGUUUGGCCUGUGCUUUCCUUCCUUCCACUUUUCCUCCAGCCUGACUGGACCAGGAUUCAUCUCUGAUCUUGUUUUACCAGUAUGUGUCUGCUGUUUGAACCCCCUCUGUCUUUCAGCUGGAGAAUCACCCUCCCACACACCCAAUAAA